AUGAGAUCUACCAUUGACCGUGCCGGCCGUAUCGUUGUGCCCAAGGCGAUUCGCGAAGCAGCCAAUCUGCGCCCGGGCACCGAGGUCCAGUUUCGCGUGCAGGGCGGCCACGUGGAAAUCGAGCCGGUCCCGCUGACGGUCACCCUGCAGCGCCGCGGCUCGCUGGUGGUCGCGGUGCCGCAGGCGGAUCAGCCGGUCAUGCGCGCGAAAGACGUAGACAUGACCAUUGCGGAACUUCGCAACGGACCCAUGGAGCAGGAAUCAGAGGGGUGA